AUGUCGGAAGACGCAUUCAUCGUAUCGCCCACCAGAAAACACACGGGCACCAUUAUAUUCUUGCACGGACUCGGCGAAAAUGGGGAAAACUGGAAGCUCUUGCUCUCCAAAAUGGUCAAGCCCAACGUCAAAGUGAUCUGCCUUAACGCAAAGAAAAUUCCACUCACGCUGAACAAGGGUUUCCCGACGGCUGCGUGGUUUGACCUGGCGUCGCUGGACGAGAACAAGCUGGAAGACGAGUCAACCAUCAUGAGGGCCGUGGACAAGCUGCACGACAUCAUAGACGAGGAGAUCGCUUCUUCAAAAGUGUCGUCCACCAAGAUCAUGUUGGCAGGUUUCUCUCAAGGUGGAGCCCUGGCAAUGUAUUCCGCACUCACCUACCACAAACGGCUGGCCGCCGUGAUGGUCAUGUCCAGCUGGCCGGUGCUCCGGCAUACCAUGCCUGAUGCGGCCAUCAACAACACCAACACACCGAUGUUGCAGUGCCACGGAACCGAAGACCCGGUCAUUUUCUACAAAUGGGGAUUGAUUUUGUCCGAAGCCCUCAAGGAGAUGAACCCCAACAAGUACGAGUUUAAGGCGUACGAGGGUUUAAUGCACGCCGUCAACGAUCAGGAGUUAGAAGAUGUCAAAAAUUUCAUCAACAAAAUAUUCCCGUGA